UCGCUGUCACUUCGCGCCCCUUCUGCAAUAGCGACGGGACACAGCCCCUUCACCACCCCCCUUCCAGACUAGGCCCACACCAGGCUGCCCGCUCAGGCAAUAUCCACCAUGGACUCGGACGACAACCCCAACCCACCCUCCGAGGUAGUCUCGUCUCCGCGUCCCUCGUCCAGCUCAACCCAUAUCGCCGUCGACGUGAACGGAACCCCGGAAGAAGAGCUCUAUGUCACCGCCGAAGCCAUGCGGGAAGCGAUGCUGAGAGGCAGCGGGAGCCAGUGCAAAGGAAACUGCAAGGCGGCGGCCACCGUCAGCACCACCACCGGCUCACUACCCCCAUUCGCCCCAACCCCUGCCGACGACGCCCAGCCCACCAACACCGCCGACCCAACCCGGCACUGCAGCGAGUGCGAAAACAACAACAACAACAACAACGACAACAACAACGGCGACAACAACGCCGCCUCGCCCCUCGGACCCAUGACCAGCGCCGAACUCGAAGAAGCCGGCCGCGAAGCCGACAACGGAGAAGACGGCUUCGACCUGGCGGCGGCGUUCGACUUCGACCGCGACAUGUCGCGGUACCCGGCCUCCAUGACCAGCUCGGUGCGCGACCACGUGUACGAGGGCGGGCUGCGCUACCACGCCUACCGCGCCGGCCGCUACGCCUUCCCCAACGACGAGACGGAGCAGAACCGCGACGACAUGAAGCACACCAUGACCCUGAUGCUGUGCCGCGGCGCGUAUUUCUAUGCGCCGGUUGGGGAGGUGCUGGAGGCUGGGGGGGAGGUGUUGGAUUUGGGCACGGGAACAGGAAUCUGGGCGAUGGAGCUCGCCGACAAAUACCCCAACUCGGCCAUCACCGGCAUCGACCUCUCCCCCAUCCAGCCCAACUAUGUCCCCGAGAACGUCCACUUCUUCGUCGACGAUUUUGAAGAAGACUGGAUCGACCCCGAAGACAAGUACGACUUCAUCCACAUCCGCCACACCCUACAUUCAGUCCGAGACGUCGACACGCUCUUACAGCGAGCAUUGCGCCACCUCAAGCCCGGCGGCUACUUCGAGGCACAAGAACUCGCCACGAUCCCCGUCGCGGACGACGACACCCUAACCCCCGACACCCCGUACGCGCUGCGGGACUACAUCCACUACAUCUCGGCGGGGAUGGCGGUGCUGGGGUCGCACGCGCACGCGAUCGGGACGCUGCCGGAGCGGAUGCGGGCCGCGGGCUUCGCCGACGUGCGCCGGACGACGCACAAGUGCCCCGUGGGCGUCUGGGCCCGCGACAAGCGCAUGCGCUUCUGCGGCCUCUUCCUCCGCACCGCCCUCAUGGACGGCCUGCGCGGGCUCAGCCGCAGGCCCUUUACUGCCCUUGGCUGGACGCCCGUGCAGAUUGAGAUUUUCUUGGUGGAGGUUCGCAGGGCGAUUAUGGAGACGGGCGUGCAUUCGUAUUUUACGCUCAAUGUGGUGCAUGGGAGGAAGCCGGUUGAUUGAGCGCGCUGUUGGUUGUGUGUUCUUUUUCUCGAGACGGGUGCGAUACGUAUCCCGCUCGGGAGGAAGACUUGAAUCUUUGGAGGGCUGAGCCCACGAAAUACGCG